GCACACAUGCGCGACAGUUGCAUUCCGGAAGACGCACAGUGUUGGACAUGCGCGUUACUCUCGGAAGUGCAACAUUUAUGUUUUGGAGGCUCGGCAUUGGAAAAGAUGAGCGGGGACUCGGAUGGUAAUAAAGAGUUCCACGAGCAGCUCCGUUUGCAGCAGCUGUAUGAACAGAAGAAAGAGAGUGGAGAUGAUCCUUUCACGUAUGUCGACCCAGAAGACGGCACUGCGUAUGACUGGGACCAUGAAAAGAGAGCAUGGUUUCCAAAGAUAAAUGAUGAUUUCAUCGCAGCAUAUCAAGCAAACUAUGGCUUCAAUGAGGAAGGGGCCCCUGAUCCAUCUACUGCGGCCCCUCCCGCCGAACCAGAUGAGCCCAAGAAGACAGAGGAGAGCUCGGACCAGGACAAAACUAAGGAGGGUGCUCAGAAAGGAGAGAAAAGAAAAGCAGACCCAGGCUGGUUUGAAGUUGAAAAGGACAAAAACACAAAUGUUUAUGUGACAGGUCUUCCUCUAGACAUAACUCCUGAUGAGUUUGUGGAGAUUAUGUCCAAAUGUGGAAUUAUCAUGCGUGAUCCUGUCACAGAAGAAUAUAAAAUCAAGCUCUACAGGGACAAGGAUGGGAACCAAAAAGGAGAUGGACUUUGCUGCUACUUGAAGAAAGAGUCUGUAGCUCUUGCCGAGCGGCUCUUGGAUGAGACUGAGAUUCGGGGCUACCGACUGCACGUGGAGGCAGCGAGAUUCGAGCUCAAAGGACAAUAUGACGCCAACAAGAAGAAGAAAAAGAACAAAGAGUACCGCAAAAAGCUCCAGAUGCAACAAAAGCAGCUGGACUGGAGGCCGGAGAAGGCCAUGGACGCUCGCAAAAGGCAUGAAAAAGUUCUCAUCAUUCAAAACAUGUUUCAUCCCAGUGACUUUGAGGAGGAUCCUUUGGUUCUGAAUGAGUACAGAGAUGAUCUGCGGACAGAAUGUGAGAAAUUCGGGAUAGUGAAGAAGGUCAUUAUCUUUGAUAGGCACCCUGAUGGAGUUGCAUCUGUGGCUUUUAAGGAACCUGACGAGGCGGACAUGUGUCAGGCGGCUCUGAAUGGACGCUGGUUUGGAGGGAGGAAACUAUCAGCACAGCCGUGGGACGGUGUAACUGACUACCAGGUUGAGGAAACCUCACGAGAACGAGAAGAGAGACUGAAAAGCUGGUCCUCUUUCCUGGGUGACGGAUCUAAAGCGGACCCUUCAAAAGCAGCUGAACAACAGAAUUCCAGCACACAAGAAGCAGCAGAACCGACCCGACAGGAGGAGGGUACAAACGAAAGCACCGCAAAACCACAGGAGGGGAAAGAUGAGGAGGAGGACAAGGAGGAAGGAGGAAUGCUGUCGACCGAUAGCAGUUUAGCAGGAAGUGAUGAGGAAGAUGCGUAGAGAAAACAGAACUUGUUUAAUGUCUCUUGCUCAAACAUCUCAACACCAGUAUACAGUGGUUUCCUUUUUAUUGUUCCCAUGACAUGCCAGUGCAUUUCACCAUUUCAAAAUUUGGGGGACAAUAAUGGAAAUUUAACUGCAAAUAAUCAUUUGUGUGAUUAUCCCUUCCCUUUAUGCUAAUGUCUGUCACUGUCCGAAUCAUUUUGAACUUCUGUUAAUAGUUUUAUAGUAAAAACACAUUUUGUGA